GCUCAAUGCCAUAAUACUUCUGAUAUCCGGGUUCCGGGGUGUUCUUCGUAUUUAGCUAAUCGAUUCCCGGGCCGAAAAGAAGAACCUCCCACCUCCGCCGAUCAUCGUUCAACCGACUCUUCUCCUUCGCCGCUUCGCGGACAUCGCGAACAGCAAGAUGUCCAAGAAGAAAUUUUCCGCCGGAUCCAUGACUAUGACGCUUAAGGAUUUCCAUGGCGGUUCAAUUCCCUCCGAGCUCUUACUUCCUUCCGCUCCGGGCAUCUCAUCAAGGCCUCAAGAUCGUCCCAGCGCCAGGAUUGCCGUCCCUAACACCGCCGGCGCUGCUACUGGGGCACGCGCCGACCACCAGCGCCCACGCCCUGGCUCUUCCGGCGGGCUUCCCCGUGUCCUUGACGAGGGAGGUCCGGCUUUUCUAUCUUCUCCAUCAUUUAUUGGCCGCCACUUUGACGAGGACGAGCGCAAGCCCUUUGAUUCCUCCUCCGCUCCUCGACGCCCAUCAGCUGUUGCAGCGGAAUCCACUCGCACUCAACCAGUCGUUGUAUCUCAGACUGUCGCAAUAUCGGAUUCCAAGCGACCGGGUUCCAGUCCGGUUGUGGCACACCAUCUCUCCCCAUCUGCAGGGGUAUCAACUUCUUCUGCUGGGAAUGCGUGGGCGGCUAGGAAGGAAGCGCUAGUUAAAGGAGCCGUGGUCUCCGAGCCACCGCUGGCCCGUCCUUCUGUGACAUUGUCUGGACCUGCGGCUGCAUCUAGAUUUGCACAGGCUAGCGCGAUUGAGAAGGUUUCGUCGGGAAGGUGGCAAUCGAAGCCUACAGAUGUGGAGAUGAUCAGAUUCCAGAAUGUGGAGAACUUGGAUCGAUGGACUGUGGACAGUCCUCCUUCCAUCUGGAAUGACGAGGAAGGGAAUUUGGUAAGGAUUUCCUCGUAUACUGGUGUGAAGGAGGGGAAGUUAGGAGGUCUUCAUUCUGAUGGUUUUCUACAACAGGCGAGGGUGAUAUCCUCUCCGUAUCCUGAAAUUAAGGAUGCAAAUACUUUUGAAUUUCAGUCUGAUUUGUCUCAUCCAGUGUCUCAUGAGUUUAAAGUAGCUGCAUCGCAGCAUCAGCAUACUCUGGAUGAUGCUUCGGAGAGGCCAAAGCUGAAGUUGCUUCCAAGGACAAAGCCAUUGGAGCCCUCUGAUCUAAAGUUAUUAGAGGACAAGCAGGGAUAUCUACAUGCAACUAGUUUGAUGCAUGCGGAAGAACCUCAAGAAAUGCGUAGAACUGUGGGUAAGAUAAAGUCGGAGUCAGUUGGAGCUGAUUCUGUGAGUCGGCCAGUUGAGCGUCCAAAAUUGAAUCUGAAACCCCGCACACAGCCCAUUGAACAGCAUGAUGAAAUUUCUGAGAAGGAGAGGAAAACAGUAUUUGGUGGAGCUCGUCCUAGGGAAUUUGUUCUCAAGGAGCGGGCCGUAGAUGCUGUUGACAAUCUUGAAAUUGGUGUACAGUCUCACCGGGCUAAAUCUGAUGACUUGAAGAUUGAAUCAAAGCUGGAACCUGCUGCAUCUUCAUUCAAUCGACAUGUCGAAGGGGUGGAGUCAUCUCCGAGGAAUAAUGCAGAGAGGAAAGAUAAUCAACCCUACCAGGAGAAAGGCAUUUGUCAGAGGAAUUCAAGGAGAAAUGAGAACUGGAGAAACCUUAGGGAGAUGGAGAAGAAGCCAGUAGAGAGACUGGAAGAGCAUGAAACAUGGCGGAAGCCUAUUGAGCCUCCCAAGCCUGAAACACCACCAGGUCCUCGGGUUAUGAGAGCGGCCUCAGCACUGGAACUUGCUCAGGCUUUCUCAAAAUCAAUGUCUGACUCUAGGGUUGAUAAUCGCUACACUAAUCAGAGGAUGCUACCUGGACCAACACAGAUUCCCUUCUCCAGGUUGACAGAUACAAGAGAGAUUUACUCAGGUUCAGCUCAACGCCACAUCAAUGGCUAUUGACCAUUACAGAAAUAGAAGAUUCAAUCGAAGCCUGAAAUGUUUCAUUUUAUUUUCAGUCUCUUUAUACGUGAAAAGCGUUGUGUUAACUGUAUUUUAACCCUUGGAUCAAUUCAAAUAGAUUAAUCCCCACGCUCUGGAGAGGAGCUUUAUGGUCUCAGUACAAGUAACGGUAAACUUUGUGAUGCAGUUAAUGAUGAUGGUUGGUUUAAACUUGA